GACAGGCAGGAGAGCAGUGGUUACCAACUCCUCUCACAUAGCAGAAGUAUUGCAAUCUGUAUUCCUAAAACAAAAUAUAGGAAUUUCCUUGAAAACACAAUGUUGAGAAUUUGCAGCAGAGCUCUGGUGGGGAUGGUGAAGCCCUGUCACUUGGUUAAACCUGUAUCAGCAACUCUGGUUGCUGCCAGAAACCUGACCCAGCAGAAGGGACUGCCCAGUCAGCCUGUCCCCCCUCUGCAUCAGACCUGUGAGCUCUACCUCAGCAUGCUGGAGCCCAUCGUGGAGGAGGACGAGCUGAAGCGCACAAAAGAGCUGGUGAAAGACUUUCAGAAAGCAGGAGGGGUCGGAGAGAGACUACAGAGAGGCCUGGAGAGGAGAGCACGCAACACUGAGAACUGGGUAACAGAGGAUUAUUUAAAGUAUGAAUUUCUCAACAAACGGCAUUCUUUGGUGGUUCAGUCAAACACUGCGUUGGUCUAUCCCCGAAUGGAAUUCAUAGAUAAACAGGAACAAAUAAGGUGUGCUGCCAAAUACAUAGUGGGUUUUUUGGAACUAAAAACAAUGAUUAUCAAUGAUGCUCUACCAGUUGAAUACAUGAAAGGGAAGCCACUGUGUAUGAAGCAGUAUGAGCAGAUGAUAUCAUCCUGCCGUAUCCCUGGUCUGAAGGAGGAUUCAUUGGUGUUCUAUGGCAGGAGCUCCAACCCCCCCAAACACAUCACUGUAGUACACAACAAUCAGUUCUUUGUGCUGGAUGUGUACAACAGUGACGGAACUCCGCUGACAGUCGAUCAGCUCUGUGUUCAGCUGGAGAGGAUCUGCAACGCCUCAAUACAGACCGACAUGGAGCCUGUCGGCAUCCUCACCUCUCAGCAUCGUGACAUCUGGAGCAAAACCUACAUCAGCCUAAUGAAGGAUAAAACCAACAAAGAAUCACUGUCUGCUAUCCAAAGUAGCAUCGUCACAGUGUGUUUGGACAAAGCGAUGCCCCCGGUGUCUGAUGAGAUGUGUCGCUGCAGUGUUAUUCCCUGGAUGCUGACUGGAGGAGGAAGCCAGUGGAACAGUGGAAACCGUUGGUUUGACAAGGGGCUGCAGUUAAUUAUUGGAGAAGACGGGAUAUGUGGUAUAAACUACUCUCAUGCCUGUGCUGAUGGUGUAACCCAAAUGGUGUUGGGUGAACAUGUUUUACAAAACAAAAACCGGGAAAAGCCACAGAUGAUGCCACCUCUUGUGAUGCCUUUGCCCAUGCCCCAGAAACUACACUUCAACAUCACACCUGAGGUCAAGAAGGACAUUGAGGAGGCCAAGCAUAACAUGGACAUAAUUGCCCGAAACCUGGAAGUGCGGAAUAUGGUAUUUGACCACUUUGGGAAAAAUGUCCUAUAUGCAGACAAGAUGAGCCCUGAUGCUUUUGUACAGAUGGCAUUACAGCUGGCUUACUACAGGAUGUACCAGCGGUGCUGUCCAAUAAUGGAACCUGUCUCCCUGCGUACGUUCAGACUCGGCCGUCUUGCUUUUAUGAAUUCAACCUCGGGUGCAUCAGCUACCUUUGUCAAGGCCUUUGACGACCCCAAAAAACAGAACUCAGAGAAAGUUGAUUUAUUGGAGAAAGCUAUCAAAGCACACAAAUGGAACACCAACAUGGCAUUCAGUGGACAGGACAUAUACGGACACCUCUUCGGUCUUAAGAUGCAGGCUGUUGAGGAAAACAUCUCCAUGCCUGAUCUCUUCACAGAUACUUCCUAUUCCAAAGCCUCUGACUUCAGACACUUUACCUCUCAGGUAAUUUCAAAGUUUGACGGUCUGGCAUGUAUUGGCCCUGAACAACCUGGUAGAUACCUGGUGUACUACAGUAUUAAGAACGAUCACAUUGAACUCAUGGUGUCCACUUUUGAAGCUUCCAACACCUGCAAAGAAACCAAUGCAGUACAUCUAAUCCAAGCCAUGGAGGAUGCUCUGUUGGACAUGAAGACCCUGCUGGAACAAACACCAAGAGCCAAACAGUGAAUUUAAUCCAGACUUAAAGCAGUAGUUCAAUAUUUUGGGAGAUUUGAUCCUUUUUUUUGCUGAUAGUUUGAUGAGAAGAUCAUACCACUCUCAUGUCUUAGUACAAGACAAGAAAACAAAAGGAAGAGUUAGUCCAGCACGUAGCUCCCCAUAAAGCUACAAAUUGUUAUUAAACAAAAUAAUGCGUUACAUAGGGAGCUUCAGAGAUGCUGAUGGGUGGAACUGUUUCUAGUCUUCGUGCUAAGGUACAAGCCUGGUGGAGUGCUGAGGAUGAAUUAAAGCUGGUGUAAGCAACAUUGGUGAAACUAGCAACUAGCGAAACUAAAUUAUGCAACUGAAAAAAUCCCUCCACCCAUUUUCAGGCCUCCCCAAUAAGCCACUACCCAAAACUAUAUUUUUAUACAGAGUGAGUGCAUGAGGAGAGCACGUGUAGGUAAACAUAGAUAGAUAGAGAGAGAUAUAGAUAGAUAGAUAGAUAUACAUAUGUGUGUGUAUAGAGAUAUAUAGAUAUACGUGUGUAUAUAUAUGUGUGUAUGUACAUGUGUGUAUAUAUAUUAAUUAUAUGAUGUACAUACAUGUGCUUUCAUUCCACGUAAACCUACUGAUGCUCAUUGUGUGCAAAAUAUGGUGCACGUGUCUUCUCCAAUUAUGAAACCUAAUAACCACAAACUGCUAUUUUAAUGCAGGCUAAUGAAAAAUAUGCAAAACGGUUUCUGAUCAGCAUGACCGCUGAAUGAACAGAUAAGGCACCAGGAAUAACUAAGCCUGGCUGUUAGCCUGGUCUGGAGCAGGCUAGCUGCACAGAAUAAAUCGCCAUGUUAACUUAUGUGCUACUGCUUUCGCGAAACCGAGUCAAGCCUUAAUUCAGCCAAGAUAUCUGGAAAAACCCGGCUUAAUCCGCUAUCUUGGUUUUGUGAAACAGUCCUCUGUCUGCUCCCCCUGUGAUCACUCUGCCUGCCUGUAUGUCUGCGUCUGAUUGCCUCCACCUGGUCUUGAUCCCGCCCUGCUAGUUACCUAGUGUUUAAAUGUUUGCUUGUUCUGUCUUUGUUAUGUCCUUGUCGAAUGUUGAGUUUUCAGCUGUGCCCUGUUCUCCAUGUUUUUGGAUUUACCCAGUGGAUUGUGUUUCUGUUUGGAGAUACCUUUGUUUGGACAUUUGCUGCAGUGUUCCCAGUGUAAGCUUUGUUUAAAAAUAAAUCUUUGGUUUGAACUGCA